GUACGAGCAGUGCUGGAGUUCUACAAACGAAAGCUGGGAAGGAAUUUCGAACUGAUCGGCUGGUCUGAUCUGCCAGUACAAGAACGCGAUCGUGGCAGUUACACAAAAGAUCCGAACAGCAGAGUAUUUCGUCACGCAGCCAUAGCUUUCAUGCAUGAUUGCAUGCUGAGAGCCAGGUCCAACGUUAAAUUCAUAGCUAAUUUCGACUUGGACGACUUUCCCGUUGCUACAAAUGGCAGUCUACCGGACGUAUUGAACCAAAUUAACGAUGAGAAUGUGAACAUUGCUGAAAUUAUCGUAGACUGGAAGCUAACUAAACAAAAGGUAUUUACGCAAUACAAAGCAGAAAUCAUUUGA